AUGAAAGAACAAAUGUUGAGAAGUUUCUUCCGCAUCGUUACAUAUAUCACAGCAAGAGAGAAAGACAAAGUUUCUGAUUAUGAUAUGUUGGUACAACAGUUGCCGGACGUGGAGAUUGACAUAAGCUUUAAGACUGUAUGGUCUCUAGUGUGGAGAUCUUGGAUACCAUCAAAGGUGAAGAUCUUUGCUUGGAGAUUAUUCAAGGAUAGAUUGGCUACAAAGGAGCAAUUAGCUAAAAGAGGAAUUAUUGAAUUGAAUGAUAAUGUUGGCUGCGGUUUCGGAUGCAAUUCUCUAGAAAAUAGCCAACAUUUAUUCCUAUUCUGUCAAAUUGCAGCAGGGGUGUGGGGAGCUGUAUAUCAAUGGCUAGGCUUACAUCACCAAAGUCAAAUUGUCUGCUACAUGGAUUUCUUGCACAUGGUGGGGGUGCUGAAACGAAACUGUGAAAAAAGGAGGGCUAGUGUGUUGUGGAUAACCGUAUGUUGGUGUAUUUGGACUCAUCGUAAUAAUGUUAUUUUUAACAAUGGCGUUAUAGAUAUAGCAGAGAUUGUCCAAAGUGUAAAGACGCACUCUUGGUGGUGGCUAGCCAUUUCAAGCAAACAUAAAGUAUCUUGUAACUAUUAUGAAUGGUGUCACAGCCCCUUAGAUUACAUGUAG